AUGCCAGUCUCAAGAGCUGCACUAGGCUUCCUAGGCCUCUUCUUCACUGCCGGAGCCCUGCUGCUCAUGUGGCUCACCUUCCUGGGCGGCGUAAGAAACACCAAUCCGUUGAACCAGAUCUACUUCCUCCAGGUAGAUACGAGCAACAUCCCUGGCGCACCGGCUCUAUCACGAUGGACGUGGUGGAACUUGUGCGCCGUUGAAAAUGGCGAUAGUCAAUGUGGAAGCUCGCACCCCGACUACCCAUUCGACCCCCCAAGCCACCGCAAUUUCAACACCGAGGAGAAUAUCCCAAGGGCUUUCAUCGGCACCAGCCACUACUUCCUGACCUCCCGGUUCUCCUGGCCAUUCAUGAUCAUCGCCCUGUUCUUCGGUGUGAUCUCCUUCUUCACCGGAAUGCUGGCAAUGUGCACCCGUAUCGGAAGCUAUCUCUCCGCCCUGAUGGCCUGGCUCGCUUUGGUCUUUCAGAUCAUCACCACUUGCCUCAUCACCGCCGUCUACGUCCAGGGCCGCGACCACUUCAACGCAAACAACCAGCGCGCCCGCCUCGGCGUCAAGGCCUUCGCGUUCAUGUGGACUGCCGUCGCCUGUUGGAUGCUCGCAUGCCUGAUGUACUGCAUGGGCGGCUCAGUCGGUCGGAAGGACCGGGGCUACAGCGGCCGCAAGCAGCGCCGCCGCGGCUUCUUCUCCUCUACGCGACAGCCUAGCGUGGAACGUAACAAGGAAGUUGCUCCUUAA